GCCAAGCAGCAGGGAGAGAGCAGAAACACACUCUGAGCAGCCAGCAAUUGUGACGGGCUCACUGUUUUCACGGGAUCCUCUGUCCUGCUUGCGUUGAUUUUCUAAGCAGACGUCAUCGUGAUGGAGACACAGCAAACGGCUGGAAGUUUUCCUGCGCUGAGCCAAACCACUGUCACAGCAAGUAUAACAGGGGCUACCAUGGUAUCCAUGGAUACUAUGUCUCGUUUCCAUGGGGAAGGAGUUCGCUACAAAGCCAAGCUGAUUGGCAUGGACCCAGUACCCGACGCACUCGGAGAAAAGAUGUGCAGAGACUCCAUGAUGAAACUAAAGGGCUUUGAGGUAGCAGGAAGGAAACAGGGAAUCCACAAGAGGAGAAUUUGGUUGAAAAUUUCCUCCAGUGGCUUGAAAAUUCUGGAUGAAAGGACCGGGGCUGUUCUUCACGACCAUGAGAGGAGCAGGAUCAGCUCUUUGACCAAAGAUGAGUCUGACCCCAGAGCUCUGGCUUACAUCUACCAGCAUCAAGACAACUACAUCCUCUUCUACAUCAAGAUGGCUAACCUGGCACAUCCAGUGUUCCUCGACAUCCAGGAAGUUUGUCAGCAUGUGGACCGAGAGAUCUCGCAGCAGCCUGCAGAGACACCAACACAAGGCGCUUCUUUACUGGUUCUACACAAGAGCUCAGCAGCAGAGGAACCAGCUCUUGAAGAUCUGUUCAGCCCACGGCCAGAUGUUUCAUCACAGCAGACAAAGCAGCAGCCCUCAUCCACCAAUGAGCUGAUGGAAGUGUUUUCGACCCCACUGGGGGAGCCUCUGGCACAAACUCAGAUCCCAGAGCCUCCACAGCAACAGCAAGUGCUCUCCAGCUCGCAGAUUCUCUCUAUGUUCCCCACACAUCCUGUAGGUGGCUCUCCAUACUCAUCCCCCACAUACCCUCCAGCCAGCAUGCCUUGGGGCCAGCAGGCGCUUCCAGGAAACCAGUGGGCGGCCCCGUGGCCCACUGCACCUGGCAACAUUUCACCAUGGGCACCACCAGGUGUCACAGUAUCCCCUACAUUAAGCCAGGCUCCCAGCAUGGCCAACCCUGUGCCCGGUUUCAUGAUGGGAGGAAACGCAGCCCCUACGCCCUCUGGUGUUAACAGCUACUCCACCCCUUUAAACUCCUUAAACUCCACCCCUAUAGGAACAACAACAGCGCCACUGUCAGUGUCCUCACCCUUGGAGAACCCCUCCCUCCUUUGAAAUGAGUGUAGAAAUAUGAAUUUAUUGAGUUCAUGUUUUGUUUUUAGAAUUUUUAGUAAAAGAAAACACCACCACACACCUACAAUGAAGCUCUAAAUUAUAGCACCAAUAUUCUUAUAUCAUUCAUUUUCUUAUAUAUUUAACUACUUCAAGGGCUGCCAUGAGAUGAGAGGUGGAGAGGUUUCAAGUCCUUCACAGGGGCUAACAGAGAUAGACAGACAACAGUUCGUGCUCAUAUCCACACCUACGGCUGAUUUUGAGUCACCUGUAAACCUAAACUGACUCUAGAAGCCAGAGAGCCCGUAGAGAACCACACAGGCACGACCAUGAGCACGCAAACGCUACUCAGAAAGCCCCCAGACUGAGCCUGAAUCCUCUUGCUGUGAGCCAACAGUGUUGACUCAUUCACCAAUAUUGUAAACUGAAGUACAGUUAUGGUACAAAGUUUACAUCCACUCAGCAUGGGCAUGAAUAUUGUGGUAAUUUGGAGGUUUUAAUCAUUUAUUUGAACAAGAAUUGCGUGCACAAGUUUGAAUUUAUUUUGGGGGUGGGUUUCAAAAAUAUACAUACACAACCAUUAAUAUUUGGUGAAACGUUCCUUAGCAGGUUGCACCUCAAUCAGACCCUUUUGGUAGCCAUCAUCAAGCAUUUAGCAUAAUUCUGACUGGACAUUUAACCAUUCUUCUUGGCAGAAUUUAUAGACUUCAGAGUUCAGUUAAUUUUGUUCGUUUCCUGGCAUGGAUCCACCUGUUGAGUGUAGUCCGCAUAUUUUCAAUAGGGUUGAGGUCAGGGCUUUGGGAAGGUCAUUUAGUUAGCCUGCUUUAUCCAUUA